CAGCAGAAAAAACAUAAACUAGACCAAUUUCCAAGCCUAUGCGAAAAUUCCAUGUGAAAAACAAAGUCUCCUUCUCACUCUCUCCUCUCCCGAUCUUUCUGUCAUCGUUUAAGUACCAGUCAGAUUAGACAGCUUUUCCUCAGUACUCUUCGUCUUUUUCUUCAAACAAAUUGUGGAUCGAAACCCCAGAUGGGGUUUCUAUUCAACGUCUUGUUUCUCUCUCUGUUGUUGUUAUUGAUAUUUCACCGUACAUCAAAAGCUGAGAACUUCAAUGCCUCCACCGAUAACAGUAAUAUAACAUCUUCCACAGCUAGAGAGCUUGCCAGUAGGUGCAAUAUUUUCCGGGGAAGGUGGGUUUAUGACUCUUCGUAUCCUCUUUACAGCCCUUCCAGCUGUCCCUUUAUAGAUCCAGAAUUCAAUUGUCAAAAGUAUGGUCGACCCGAUAACUCUUACCUCAAAUAUAGAUGGCAGCCCUUUUCUUGUAACAUUCCCAGGUUUAAUGGUGUGCAUUUCCUGGAGAAAUGGAGAGGGAAGAAGAUCAUGUUUGUGGGAGACUCACUGAGUUUGAACCAGUGGGAAUCGUUAAACUGUAUGAUUCAUGCAUGGGUGCCCAAUUCUAAGCACUCAUUCAUAAGCACAAACGGUCUAUCUUCAGUGACAUUUGAGGACUAUGGGGUGAAGAUAAUGUUAUAUCGAUCACCGUAUCUUGUGGACCUGGUGAGCGAAAAGAGGGGACGAGUGUUGAAGCUUGAUUCGAUAAGGAGUGGCAAUGCAUGGAAAGGCAUGGAUGUGCUCAUCUUCAAUACUUGGCAUUGGUGGACUCACACUGGAAGAUCCCAACCGUGGGAUUAUAUCCAAGAGGGAAACAAAUGGUACAAAGAUAUGAACCGGCUGGUGGCAUUUUACAAGGGGCUAACCACAUGGGCCAGAUGGGUCAACCUUAAUGUUGAUCCUUACAAAACCAAGGUUUUUUUCCAGGGGAUUUCUCCUACUCAUUACGAAGGCAGGGACUGGAACCAGCCAUCACAGUCAUGUUCGGGGCAGACUCAACCAUUUGUUGGGACAAGGUACCCAGCUGGGACACCGAUGGCGUCGGUGGUGGUGAGCAAAGUAUUCAGCAGGCUCAAGAAACCAGUGUAUUUACUUGACGUUACAGGGCUCUCUCAGUUAAGAAAAGAUGCUCCAUCGGCCUACGGUGGUGAGCAUGGUGGCACCGAUUGCAGCCAUUGGUGCCUUCCUGGUUUGCCAGAUACUUGGAACCAGCUCUUGUAUGCAGCAUUGUUUUAGUUGAAGGUAAUUUAGGCAAAAAAAAAUCUAUUGUUUUCCAGAAGCCUGGAAAUUUCUUUCCAUUUUUUCUCGUCAAGUUGGGGAAUAAAAGGGAUGAUGCUUCGACUGUAAAUUUAGAUUGAUUAUUUGGGCACAAAUUGUCCUGAAUUGAAGACAAUUCCCAAAAGUUCAAAAGCUAGCUUGGGAAUUGUUAGUGUUGUUUAAGAGCAUCUCCUCCGGCAAACUUGUAUGGAAUUAAUUGUUUGAUUGACACAAACUCUCUGUGACCAUGAAGAAAAUUGGACUAUUUAUACUGCUUUCAAAUAUACAAAAGCUUUUUUAG